AUGAGCGUGAUCAGGGGGUCGUCUUUCGGCCCUGCGUGCACCGUCCACAACCCUGGGUCAUCAUCGGCUAUGCCUGCCAACCCAUACAGGGAGAUAGUGGAUCGACAGUUCGUCACCGCCCGCGAGGUCGCUGUCGGAAUCACAAGGAAAAACAAGCAGGAGCAGAUGGCGCGCACCGCCUCCCCGCCAGCCGUUAGGAAAACCAUCCGUAAGUUUUCGGAACGCAAUCCUGCUGAGCCUGCCAAGCUGGAGCGCACCAUGCGCGAGGGUGAACGAGGUCGCUGCCUGCCCAAGGAAGAAGAUCAGCGGCCGCCCUAUCGUAGCAGCCACCCAGCCUCCCGGAACGCAACAAGUCGAGCAGUCGAGCACAGGCCCGGCGUCCCAGCGAAAACAGCGCCAGCAGCAGCAGCGGGCUGGCUCUAA